CUGAAAAUACUAAUCUCAAGAAAUCACACAUUUUGUUUGCAGGCGUCUACUGUUCAAGCCUCCAUUCCUUUCAAACCUCGCAAAAAAAUAAAUAUUCAUGCAAAGAAAGUGGAGAAUGAUAGUUUCUAUUCUAAUGAUGUUAACAAAAGAAAACGAAAAUCAAAAACCAACAAAAAUGAAAAUGAUAUUGACCUGGAACAUGAUAUCAACAAUGGCUGUUCUCCAACAAAAUGUAUAAAAGUAUGUGAUAACUCUGAGGAUGAUGUUGAUAAAGAAAACUCAAAUGAUGGGAAUACCAUUGUAAGUAAUUCAUUCAAACCUUUAGUAAGUAGAGAAAAGGAAAUAACAUGGCUAGAGAAUUUUUUAAUGGACCAUCUCGAUUCUGAAGAGUCUGCAUCUUUAUACAUCUCUGGCCAACCUGGUACUGGGAAGACUGCAAGCUUAACAUACAUUUUACAUUUACCAAAGAUAAAAAAUGGUUUCAAACAAGUUUAUGUUAAUUGUACAAUGGUGAAAUCUGCGACCAGUAUUUAUAGUAGGAUUUGCAAAGAGUUGCAAUUACGGACAUCGGGAUCAACAGAAAAAGCAUGUCUCUGUGCCAUAGAAAAAUAUUUAAAAAAGAAACAUAAAAUGAUAUUACUUGUAUUGGAUGAGAUCGAUCAGCUGGACAGUAAGCGACAAUCAGUUUUAUACACAAUAUUCGAAUGGCCUGCAUUAUUAAGUUCACGCAUUGUCUUGAUUGGAAUCGCAAAUGCUUUGGAUCUGACAGAGCGAACUCUGCCGCGUUUGCAAGCACGGUGUUCCUUCCGUCCUCUAACACUUCACUUCGCACCUUACACAAAACAACAAAUUAUAGAUAUAUUCGUGUCUGUACUUGAAAGUGAAGAUAAGAGUCAUGUAUUUUCGCCGGUCGCAUUGCAGAUGUUAGCAGCCAAAAUUGCUGCAGUAUCAGGAGACAUGAGACGAGCACUUGACAUUGGUAAAAGGGUUAUUGAACUUGCGAAACGCACCAAAUUUGCAGAGAAUCAAUGUGUUGAAACCAUAAUGCGGGAUUCCAACGUAACAGUAGAGCUCAAACAAGUGUUAGAAGUGUUAAAUGAUGUUUAUGGAGGUGGUAGAAAAAUAGAGAACGAGCUAGAGGAAAGCUUGCCCAUGCAACAGAAAUUAAUAUUGUGCAGCAUAAUGUUAAUUUUAACGAAAGGAAAAAAUAAGGAUUUGACAAUGGGAAGACUUCAUGACGUUUAUAAAAGAGUGGCGACAUCGCGCAACAUCGCCCCAAUGGACAUAGGCGAGAUGGCGGGCGCGUGCUUGCUGCUGGAGGCGCGCGGGGCGCUGCGGGUGUGCGGCGCGGGCGGCGCGGGGGGGCGGGCGCGCCGCCUGCGCCUGCACUGGCACGAGCCCGAGCUCGUCGCCGCGCUGCGCGACAAGCCGCUGCUCUCCGCCAUACUGAAUGACGUCACAUGCUUGUCUUCCAACUGA